AUGAAUUUCGUAAUAAAACUAUCUAGACCUGGAUAUACUCAGCAAUAUAUCCGCAGACUAUCAACUACCAAACCCACAUAUGGUGCUAAAAGGAGAGUAGUGGUAACAGGAAUUGGAGCUAUCUCACCAUUGGGUAAUAAUCUCAAAGAAUCAUGGCAACGAUUGUUAAAUUGCGAAUCAGCCAUUUCCAAAUUAAGCGAUGCCUACAAGGGUCUACCGUGUCAGGUGGCGGCACAAAUCAAGAAGGAAGAACUUCCCUUGGAGCAACAUCUUACAAAAAGUGAUAUCAAACUAAUGAGUCCUGCCACGCAACUGUCAAUUUUGGCCACAGAAGAGGCAUUGAGGGGAGCUAAAUUAAAUACAAAAGAUUUGAGUGUCGAAGAGUUAGAACGCAUUGGUGUUUGUGUUGGUAUGGGUAUGUUUGAUUUAAGCGAAGUCUACGGCGCCUGGCAACAAUUACAACGUGGCUAUAAUCGUGUAAGUCCCUUUUUUGUACCCCGUCUCCUGCCAAAUAUGGCAUGUGGUCACAUAAGUAUGAAAUAUGGCUUGCGAGGACCAAAUCACUCUGUUUCCACAGCAUGUGCAACGGGAGCCCAUGCAAUUGGAGAUGCCAUGCGUUUCAUACGCAAUGGUGAUGCUGAUGUUAUGAUUGCUGGCAGUGGUGAAUCGUGUAUUGAUCCCUUAUCCAUUGCUGGUUUUUGUAGACUUCGCGCCCUGAGUACUUCUUUUAAUGAAACACCCGAAAAAGCUUCCCGACCAUUUGAUAAGAAACGAGAUGGAUUUGUUAUGGGUGAAGGUUCGGCCAUUUUGAUUUUGGAGGAGUUGGAAUAUGCACGUAAACGUAAUGCACCUAUAUUAGCCGAGAUCUUAGGUUAUGGUUUAUCGGGAGAUGCCUAUCACAUUACUUCUCCCAGUGAAGAUGGUACUGGGGCUACAUUGGCCAUGCAACGAGCCAUUAAAGAUGCUGGAGUAAAACCGGAAGAGAUAACAUAUGUGAAUGCCCAUGCCACUUCAACGCCUACAGGUGAUCGAAUUGAGGCACGUGCCAUUCAAAGAGUUUUUGGAGAUCACACAGCAAAUGUUCGGGUAUCAUCAACAAAGGGAGCUCAUGGUCAUUUGUUGGGUUCAUCGGGUAAUUUGGAAGCUGCUUUUCUGAUACAAGGUUGCUAUGAGAAUAAAUUGCCACCAUCAAUAAAUGUGGACGAGCUGGAUGAGAGUGUACAGGUGCGGAUUGUAUCAAAGCCGGAAGCAUGGAAUGAGGAUGGAAGUAAGCUACGUAUUGCCUUAAAGAAUUCUUUUGGUUUUGGUGGUACCAAUGCUUCGUUAUGCAUUUCCAGUUAUAGUUGA